AUGAGAUUGAAGCCGCAACUGAAAAAGCUGGAAACGUCGCAUGGGGAAAUAAACCGAUUGGACAUUAAAUCUGCGCCUUCAAUACAAUCAAUAACUUCAUUCGAUCCAACAGUUUUAAUAUCGAAUAGUGUUAUAAUUGGGCCAGAGCCGGCGUGCAAGACAGACGUGGAUUGUUUAAAGCGUAUGGGGAUUAAGCAGAUACUCAAUACAGCUAGAGAGUGCGAUGAUCCUUUAAAACUCUCAAAUGAGUUCAAAUACUUGAAAUUGGACAUGAUUGAUAACCCAGGUGCCAUCAACGUACAGGAUUUCUUAAAUAAGGGAAGCGAUUUCAUUGACGAUGCUAAAUUACAUUCAAGGCCUAUAUAUGUACACUGUAAAGCUGGUAAAUCAAGAUCGGUAGCAAUAGUCAUCGCACAUCUCAUCAGAGCCAAUAGAUGGGAUAUUAAUAGAGCUUACGACUAUGUUAAGCAAAGAAGGGAAUCAGCCUCUCCUAAUAUCGGUUUUAUUGCCGAGUUAAUGCUGUUUCAGAAAGACAUGAAUAUCCUCGAUUACAGUGAGAACAACGACGCUUCUACUUCUUCUACUACUACUCCUCAUUCUCCUGAUAAAAAGUUGAAAUCUAACUUUGACGGCUUGACUGGCUGUCGAACACCUUCUUCAAGGCCACUGUCUGCAGGUCCAGGCGUACUCACCAAGGUCAAACAAUCAAAACCUUCCCUUGAACAUCGUGUAGAGGAUGAUUUAAAGAACAGACUCCACAUUCAAGAGACACUAGGUAACCACUCUGAAGUUGAAAAGAAGGAUAGGUCGGGAAGAUAUAUACAUCCUAAGAGGGCUCCCCUAGACAAUCGCUUACAACCUCUGAGGAGGGUUUCUAAAGCUGGUCUUGAGUCUGCCACCCUUGACUUUCUUAAAGAGUUUGAUUACGAGAAGGAUGACCCGAGGAAGGAGAGUAUACGAGAGCAGCCGAACGUCGAGAGCGGUAGUACAGGCGCAGAUACGAGUAUAUCAGAAGCAGUGGCAGAGACAGAGAUAGAAGCAGAAGCAGAAGCAGAAAGAAAUCCAAAAAGCGAUCAUCCAAAUAACAAUACCAACAUAGCACCAUCUCUAGAGCAAUCUUGA